AUGGCCAAUAGGGCAAGAGCGGCUCCCGGGCCCCGAACGAACCACUGGCGAGGAAAUUUGACGUCUCCGGCUGUUCCGCAUCCCCUGCAAGGCUGUUUCCAUUUCGGUCUAUUACGCAGUCCCAAAGCGGUUUUGACGGCGGGCCCCCCGGUAGUCGAUCAUCAGUCAUCCGUGCUGCGAGCUCUUGCAAGCUGUCAAAGGUGUCAUUCCGUGCUACUCAACAGAUGCUCUCGAUUCUGCCUGUCUGCGGGCGGCUGCCCUUUGCGCGACUCGAGUGGCGCAACGUUACAUGCACCCCUACCGGCGCAAAGAGGCCAGCUCAGCGUGAGUCAGUGGCGCAAGGCCGAAUGGGGCAGAUCACAGCAUGGAGGAUACGAGGCGGAGAUGACGCGCCGGCCGGGUGCCUUGAGCAGCUGCGAUGGCAGAGAGCUGGCGCUGCAGCGAUAUUGCAGCGACGGGGAGCUAGCUGUCGCCUAG